AAUAAGCCAUGCCCCCACGGUCCGCGCCUAUCCGCCCUAUCCCAAAAGCUGAGAUUUUGCUUGCGCGCCUAAAACCCCGAAGCCAUGGCUAUUGCUUUCCCCGUGCUAUCUCUCUCGCCGAUGGUGAGGGCCUCUUCAGUGGACACAAAGCAAAGACUCUCUUACAACCCUCACCGCACCUAUCCCAAAAGCUCCGACGCACUUCCUCUUGCAUCGCCAGCUUCCAUUUCCACCGCAAACAACCGUCCGGAGAUAUCAAUUUCAUACCUCCUUAGACGCGACGUUCCUAGACCGAAAAACGGCAAAUUUCCUGAAACAUAUUUGGGAUAUGAGACAUGGUUGCCGAAUCCGCCCAAAGUGGAGAAGCCUCGGUCAGCUUUCAAUGCAGCAUCACUGGCUUACAUCGGAGAUUGCAUCUUCGAGUUAUAUGCUCGAAGGCACUUUUUGUUCCCACCACUGAACAUUGAAGAACACAAUAAGCGUGUGAUGGCAGUAGUUCGUUGUGAGGCUCAAGAUGCAAUGUUGCAGAAGCUUAUCAAUGACAACUUCUUAUCAGGAGAAGAAAGGGGAGUGCUUCGUUGGGGGAAAAAUGUUGGUUCUGGUAAAACAAGGACUAAAAAACGUGCUGGUGUAGCUGUUUACAAUAGUGCAUCAUCACUUGAAACACUUAUUGGUUACUUAUACCUGACAAAUAUGCAGCGGCUUGAAGAGAUCAUGCUUAAGUUAGGUUUCUGCACUGGAGCUUCGUCCCAACAUAUAUUGGAGAACAUAAAUGGUGAUUGUACAGGUUUGGAGAAUGACGUCCAGCAAGUAGCAUGAAGAAAUAUGGAAAGAUGUAUAGAUUACCACAUCACGAAGCAGCCAUCAUAGACAGGCAAAAACUCCACAACGGCGAAUAAAAUUGGUACCUGCAUCAUCUUAAAGUAGCUGAGGACAUCCAAGAGUAGGCUUGUUCGAGAUUAUUAGGACCAAAUAUAAAAAUGUUGCGACGAAUCAUCUACAUGCAAGCCCGCUAACUCAUUUCCCCCUUCCAAUUAGUAGAAAGCAUAACUCAUCACAAAAUUCCAUAGAGCUUUGCCAAGUUGAUAAUUGAAUGCAUAAGCUGCCCUGUGGUGUGUGGACUUUAUAGGGUAAUGCCUAGAUGGAUUUUCAGAGGUAUAGACAUGUAAAAGAAAGUACAACAACACUACAAGUUACUGAGACAGGUAAUGUUUAUAUGUAUAUUUAGUGCUUAAUCACAAUUAGUGAAUUUCCUGCUGCAGUUAAUUCUA